CGGGUGCCAGUUCUCAGUCAUCGCUUGGCUCUGGUGCUGGUGGCAGACGCGCGUCUCGUUCGACUCUUCCAAUUGAUAUAGUUAAUUUCACAAUUUUUGUUGCUGUUAUUGUUAUUGUGAUUUUUGUUGCCGUUCGAUUUGAUUUCAUUCGAUUUGCGCGGCAGUCCCGGCUGGCUAAACAAAAAGCGAUGCGAUCGUGCGCACCCACAGAAAAAGCAGAGACAGCGACAAUAGCAACAGGGACAGCCAUAGGCAGCUUAUAGAAGCGGUUGAAUAACAAAACAUACCGACAAACACACGCACACAUACUUAUAUAUAUAUAUAUAUAUAUUGAUAUAUAUAUAAGUAAAGGAACGUAUUGGCGCAUUGAUAGACGAGUUGAGCCAGUUGUGAAUUGAUCAGAGAUGGAGCUCUAUACGUCGGACAGCUCGGACACGGACUCGCGUGAACAGAAGACCAUCGAUUUCGGGCGCAUGAACUUGGAUGUGGGCACGCUGGAGGAUCAUCUGAGCUCGCCGCACAAGGGGCUGCUCAAGACGAGCGGGGACAUCGAGACGCUGCUGCUGAACCACAAUCGGCUGGUGUUGCUGCCGCGCAUGCUGCAGCAGUUCAGCAAUUUGAAGGUGCUUGAUCUUAGCUCCAAUGCGCUCACCCAGCUGCCGGAGGCCAUUUGCCAGCUGCCGCUGGUCACGCUGAUUGCCAAAAACAAUCUGCUGACCAACUCGUCGCUGCCCAAAUCGCUGCUCAGCAAACAGUUGGCCAAUGGGCAUGGCGCCGCCGUUGGCACCUCCACGUUGAAGGAGCUCAACUUGAGCGGCAAUCAGCUGCUCCACUUUCCAGAGCAGGUCACCGAGCUGCGUCAGCUCAAGUAUCUGUAUUUGGGCGGCAACAAGAUCUCGACCAUAUCCAAGGAUAUCUGGAAGAUGCAAAGUCUGCAUGUGCUUUCGCUGGGCGGCAAUCUGGUCAACGAGGUGCCGGAGGCGGUUGGCUCGCUGAGCCAGCUGCAGGCGCUGGUGCUGUGCGACAAUCUCAUCGAGAAUCUGCCGAUGAGCAUUGCGCGCCUGAAGAACCUGAAGUCGCUGCUGCUGCACAAGAAUAGACUGAAGCACUUGCCCAAGGACAUUGUUGCACUGAAGAACCUGACCGAGCUGAGCUUGCGGGAUAAUCCGCUGGUGGUGCGCUUUGUGCAGGACAUGGCCUUGAAGCCGCCGACGCUCUUGGAGCUGGCUGGUCGCAUUGUCAAGGCCAGUGGACAGCGGCCGGGUCCCGGGGAUCUGCCGCGCACACUGGCCGAGUAUCUGAACAGCGCCAACUGCUGCGUGAAUCCCAACUGCAAGGGCGUCUUCUUCGAUAACCGUGUGGAGCACAUCAAGUUUGUGGACUUCUGCGGCAAGUACCGCGUCCCAUUGCUGCAGUACCUCUGCUCCUCGAAGUGCAUUGAGCCCGAGGAGCCAUCGAGAGCCUCCAGCAGCAAUGCCAGCAACGCCAGCAGCGGCUUCAUGAUGCGCAAGGUACUCCUGGGCUAGACGGCCAGGCAACUAGGUACGGGUCCGGGUCCGUGAAUUGUGCCCAACCGUUCGACAAGUCGUUGGCUCGGCCAGGCCCCAAGCGGAACCGAACCACUCGUCGAUUGGCUGUGUGGUGUUGUUGCGGCGGAGCCGCACUCUGAAAUCCAUUGGCUUUAUCACAAUACCAAAAUUUUCACCAAAUUUGCUAUAUGAAUUUUUUGUUCAUUGUUAUGUUAUUUUAUGCUAUCAAACCCAACAUGAAAUAUAUAUAUACGCAUG